AUCACCGUCGGCGUGCGCAGCGUGAAGGAGGUGACCAUCUCGACGCCGAUGGCCCCGCAGGAGCUGUUCACGCUCUUGUUUUCGUGCUGCCCCAAGGAGGAGCCGCAGAUGGCGUGCAUCCAACAGGAACUGAUCAUUGCCUGCGCCGAUUUGAUCGGCCACAGCCCCGAGUCCUUCUCCGGGGUGCUGACCGUCCGGAUGUCGUGGCUGGCGGACGCGAUUCAGAUGCUUCUCUCCUAUGUGAACGCCUCGGAAGCCGUGUCGGACUCGUCGCCCCGCACCGGCUCGCUUCACUUCACCCCGCCGACUCCGGGGACAACGGGGAUUCCACACGAAGUCCGUCGGAAGAGCAUCUACGACCUGUCGCCGACGAUCAUCAAGGACGUGCUGGGGUCGCUGAUGGCUCGAAAAGUGUGGCAUUUACUGACCCCACUGCAAACUCGUCGACUAAAUGGUGCGCUGAACCGGAUGCCGGAAGGUUUCUACGAUCGAGUUUGGGGGAUUUUGGAGCGAGCCGAUCAUGGGAUUUCCAUCGCACAUCAAUUAUUGCCCCAGCAACCUACCCUGCUCGACAUGACCAAAUUCGAGCUGAACUUUGCCUACCGUAUCGAGCAGAUGAUGAGCCAGAUCGCCCAUCCGGAGUAUCGACAGAUUUUGGUGGAGCUCCUCUGCAUCAUCGCCACGAUGCUCGAGCGGAACCCGGAGAUCCACUUUGGCGAGCUGCUCGACUGCGACGAGAUGAUCAAGCAGGCGUUCAUCAUCUACGCGAAUUCGGCUGGAAUUAAGGAUACGCGUGACCUGACGCCGUUCUACCAGCUCGACAACAUUGCUAUGAACACGAGCACCGCCACUUUUAUUACGAAGGCAGUGGUCGAGCACGUACUCCAAGGCCGCCACCUCUCCCGCCCGAUCGACAUCUUCCACCCGUCGAGAAGUCGCGAGCUGUCCGCCCAGCAAAAGCCGCCAAGCGGGGAUAUGAGCCCGACCGGCGAAGCGGAGAAGUGCAAGGUACAG